AUGAACAGAGGUCGCGGGGGACAAAGCUUCAGAGGUCGAGGUCAGCGCGGCGGAAGGGGAAGCGAUCGAGGCCGAGGUCAACCUCAAUCUUUCAUAUCGGCCGAAAUAAUAGAGAUGGGUACUUUUCUACACGCAUGUGAGGGUGACAUGGUAUGCCUUUCAACCAACAAAAAAAUCCCAUACUUUAACGCACCAAUUUAUUUACCGAAUAAAAAACCAAUCGGUAAAGUUGAUGAAAUUCUUGGUCCUAUGAACGAGGUGCACUUUACCGUGAAACUCCAGGAAGGUAUUGUGGCCUCAUCAUUUAAGCAGAAUGAUAAAGUUUUUAUUGGCGAGGACAAGCUACUGCCUCUCGAAAGGUUUUUGCCGAAACCUCCGGUUGCUAAAAACAAAGUAGCUAAGAAGAAAAUGCCGGGUCGUGGUAAAUAUUAA